UCUUCCCUGCAGUGCACACCCCUUUUGUAUGCAGAUGAUUUGACAAUUAUGCACCCAGUCCAGAAUCCCUCCCAGUAUCAGCAACUUCAGGACGACCUCAACACCGUCCAUGAUUGGUCUGUGGCAAACAAGCUCCCCCUGAACAUUAACAAAUGCUCAUCAACUCUCAUUACCACAUCAAGAAGCCAUAACACCAGACAGCACAGCUUCCAGCUGAAUGGAGAGGAACUCCCCACCACUAACCGUGCAAGACUUCUUGGUGUGACAGUAGAUUCAAAAUUAACCUUUUCGCCGCACAUUGGGGAGGUGACCUCAAAAGCCCGCCGGAUGCUCGGAUUUGUGCGUCGAGUCACCCGAGGAGCUGGCGCCAGUGCAUUGCGGGACCUGUACACUGCUCUAGUGCUCCAACAACUCGAGUAUUGUGCUUCAGUUUGGGACCCUUACCAGAAUUCACUGAAAGCGUCCCUCGAGAGUGUGCAGCGGCGUGCCGCCUACACAGUCUUGCGGUGCCAGGCUUCCCCUGGACUGCCACAUUACCGCGACCUGUCCACGCAAGAACUUCUGAGGAUGGUGGGGUGGAACCCCCUAGCACUUCGCCGGCAGGUUGCAUCACUCCGGCUCCUUGCUGACAGCCUCCUCCCAAGAGAUCAGGAGCUCCCGCUGGUUAAAAGCUUGCGCCUUACUAGAUCUGGUGGGCUACAGCCACUGUUCGGUCGCACUGUGCGUCACCAGAACUCUGUCUUGGUGAAGUGUGUAACCCUCUGGCGCUCGCUGCCAAAGACGCUGACCGACUGUCCACCCCAGGAGAAGGAUGACCUUAAAGACUGGUGCAAGGAGGUAUCGGACUUCCUUCAGCAGUGAUCUUCCAUGGAAAAAAACGUUGAAUGCUUCAUUGUCAUAUUUAUUUAUUUAUUUGUUUCUUUUUUCACAAUAUGUAGUAGUGCGGCACCACAGGCCUCAGGUAUGGGCCAAUGGCCUUUCUGUGGUGCCGCAACCCUCCAGGGUUGA